UAAACAGUCAGUCCCUUCAGGACAAAAAGCUAACCCAUUAAUUUGUGCCAGAGUUUUUAAUUUAAAAUUAACACAAUUAAUUAAAGAUAUCCGUUCCGGAAAAUGGUUCGGAAACUUUAUUUGAUAACAUAUUUUAAUCGACCUGCUGGGUUAAAUUUUGACAAUUUAACGUACCAAGACUUUUACGAAAAAUAUAUUAUUCACGCCACACGUCCCCGAACUAAAAACGUCGAAAUUUUAGAAACUUCAAAUAACCGGUUCGUAACCCAGCGACAAAGAGGCGAACUCGUGGCGCGAUUAUUUUUCGUUGCACCAAAUAGAGGUGAACAAUUUUAUUUGCGUCUUUUAUUAGCUUCAUAUCCCUGUCGUAGUUACAGAGACCUUUUAAAUUUGGGUGGUCCAGAUUGCAUGACGUUCCAGGAAGCUGCCAAAACGGUCGGGCUCGCGAACGAUGAAGCUGAGUACGAAAAAGCUAUGACUGAGGCUUGUGCUUUUUUCACUGGACCGCGUCUGCGUAACUUUUUCGUUCUUUUAGCUGUGAACGGUAUUCCAGUCGCGUCUCUCUGGUCAAAAUUCCGCGAUCAAAUCAGUGAAGAUUUCAUCCAUCGUCAACCCGAUGAUAUUGACCGCGCGUAUCAUUCAUGCCUCGUAAUAAUCGAUCGUCUUUUGAGAAGACACGGUACGUGUCUAAUCGAGCAGGGUUUGCCAGACGUCGCCGACGAAACGACCGAGUUAGGGCGCGAGCAAACAGAAUAUAACAGGAAUGUUUUGAAAGACUUUGUGAAUGAUUGGUUACCUAAAUUAUCACCAGAACAAAAUGAAGUAUUAGAGUAUGUAAAUAAACUGGUGAUUACCGCCAAAUUCCACCAGUAG